AUGGCAAAGAUCACAUUCUCCGUUUUCAUCAUCGUCUCCAUGACUGGUUUGUCGCUCGCAGCCGAUACUUUGGGCACAAACCACUCCAUCGGUUAUGGAGAAACAUUGGUUUCUUCGGACCUAACCUUUGAGUUAGGAUUCUUUACUCCUGGCAAUUCGAGUAUGAGCUUCUUGGGUAUAUGGUUCAAGUUCAGUCCAGAAACAGUUGUGUGGGUUGCUAACAGAAACAACCCUUUUGUGGAUCGUGAUGGUGUUCUCACAUUUAGCAAUGUGGGCAAUCUAGUUGUUCUCAAUCAGUCGAACGGCAUCGUUUGGUCUUCGAAGUCGUCAAGGUUCCUCCGGAAUCCAGCUGCGCAGCUCCUGGAUUCUGGAAAUCUUGUUCUCUGGGAUAAUUCCAGUUCCGGUUCUGAUGAAGCUUAUGUGUGGCAAAGCUUCGAUUACCCGUCUGACACGCUUUUAGCCGGUAUGAAGCUGGGGUCGAACUUGAAAACGGGCCUUGAGCAGCGUCUGACUGCGUGGAAAAGCAUGGACGACCCUUCUCCUGGAGAUUAUGUCUAUGGGUUAAACUACAGUCAGGGUCUACCUCAGUAUGAGCUAGUCCAAAUGGAUGUGCAUCGCAAAUUAUUUCGAACUGGGGAAUGGGAUGGAGUUCAAUUCUUUGAAGUUUCCUUUUCAAAAAAUCCAGUUACUGUGCUCAUGUUCGUGUACAAUGAAACUGAGAUCUCUUUCAUGUUCCAGGCUCAGAACAGUCAACUUUUGUCGAGAUUGACAUUGAGCUAUGUGGGAGCGCUGCAGGUUUUCGUGGUGAAUAGAUCGAGGAGUGGCGUGUGGAGUGUCAUGCACAAGUUGCCUACUGAUCCGUGCGAUUCCUAUGGCAUGUGCGGAGCGAAUGCCGUCUGUGACCUUAGCUUGUGCGAAUGCGUGAAAGGGUUCAUGCCUAGGUCACCUGAUGAAUGGCUGGUCCGUGAUUUUUCCAGCGGCUGCAAGAGGACAAUACCCCUGGAUUGUUCAAAAGGAGAAGGGUUCCUGGAAGUUGAAAAAGUUAAGCUGCCCGACCUGUUGGAGGUUACGGUGAACAAGAGUAUGAGCCUCAAGGAAUGCAAGGAGGAGUGCCUGAAGAACUGUUCGUGCACGGCUUAUGCUAAUUCAGAUAUCAGAGGAGGAGGCAGUGGCUGUCUCAUGUGGUAUGGGGACUUGAUCGACAUGAGAGCGUCCGAAGAACAGAACUACGGGCAAACUCUAUACGUACGCGUAUCAGCUUCUGAACUAGAUGCCAUUCGUGACCGUACCAGGAGGAAAAUAAUUCUCGUUGCUGUCAUAUUGAGUUCAAUCAUCGGUGGAUUUCUCUUGGUCGGAACUGCAUUGUGGUUUGUAAAGCGUAGAAAAAGCAGAAUCGGUAUUGGAGUCCUGUUUGAUGCUAAAACAUCGGAUAUUACUUUACUUGAUCUAGAAAUCACAAAAGAAGACAUCGAUCUACCAUUAUACGAUCUACCGGCCAUUGUAAGUGCUACGAACAACUUCUCUGAUGACAAUAGGAUUGGUGCUGGUGGCUUUGGUCCUGUUUAUAAGGGGAAUCUUCAGACAGGACAGCUAGUAGCAGUAAAGAGGCUAUCAAGGAGUUCAGGGCAAGGCCUUGAAGAGUUCAAGAAUGAAGUACUCUUGAUCGCGCGACUUCAACACCGGAAUCUUGUCGGACUUCUAGGUUGCUGCAUUGAGGGAGAGGAGAGAAUCUUGCUUUACGAGUACAUGGACAACAAGAGCUUGAAUUACUUCAUAUUUGAUCAAGAAAAGAGCCUGUUGUUGACAUGGCAAAGACGGUUCGACAUUAUUGUCGGUAUUGCAAGAGGACUUCUCUAUCUCCACCAUGAUUCCAAACUUCAAGUAAUCCACCGAGAUCUCAAAACAAGCAACAUAUUACUAGAUGGCGACCUAAAUCCUAAAAUCUCCGACUUUGGCUUGGCAAGAAUCUUUGGAGCUAACCAAAAAGAAGCCAGAACAAAAAGAGUCAUCGGAACUUACGGCUACAUGGCCCCUGAGUAUGCUAUCGAUGGGAAAUUCUCUGUGAAGUCGGACAUAUACAGCUUUGGUGUGCUCCUGCUGGAGAUAAUCAGCGGCAAAAGGAACAGAGGAUUUUCCCAUCCAAGCCAUCACCACAACCUUCUCGGACAUGCGUGGUUGCUUUGGGGCGAAGGUAGGGCCUUGGAAUUAAUGGAUGAAUGCCUGCACAACUCAUUUGACAGAAACCAAGUGGAAAGAUGCAUUCAAGUGGGCUUGUUGUGCGUGCAAAAGUUCCCUGAAGAUAGGCCGGCUAUGUGUUCUGCAAUUGGUAUGAUACUCAAUUUCGGAUAUGUCCUGCCUGAACCUAAAGAGCCCGCUUACUUUACAGAAAGAAACUCGGGUUACUCCGAUGGAGCGUCAUCAAAGGAGAGCUCACAUACGCAAAAUGCAGUCACUCUGACUAUGCCGGAGGGUCGGUAG